AAUGCCAGCCCAUAAGCUUCCCUGUGAAGGCCUGGUAACAGCCAACUUCUUGCAACUCCCAAGCUGACGGCCUCACCAGGGGGAGGAGAGACCCCUCCAUUGGAGAACUGACAGCAGGAUUCUGAAGGAGGAGGGGUCAAGAAUUCUAGGGACCAGGUGACAAUCAUGUAGGCACCAUGGAGACUGCUAUGUGUGUUUGCUCUCCAUGUUGUACAUGGCAGAGAUGUUGUCCUCAGUUAUUCUCCUGUCUGUGCUGCAAGUUCAUCUUCACUUCCGAGCGGAACUGCACCUGCUUCCCCUGCCCUUACAAGGAUGAACGGAACUGCCAGUUCUGCCACUGCACCUGCUCUGAGAGCCCCAACUGCCACUGGUGCUGCUGCUCCUGGGCCAAUGAUCCCAACUGUAAGUGCUGCUGCACGGCCAGCAGCAAUGUCAGGUGCUACUACUACGAGAGCCGCUGCUGCCGCAAUAUCACCAUUGCGUUCCACAAGGGCCGCCUCAGGAGCAUCCGUACCUCCUCCAAGACCGCCCUGCGCAUCGGGAGCAGUGAUACCCAGGUCGAUGAGGUGAAGUCGAUGCCAGCCAGCAGCCACUUGGUCAACCACCUCACCUGUCCUAUGUGCAAACGGCUGCGCCUGCACUCGUUCAUGCUACCCUGCAACCACAGCCUGUGUGAGAAGUGCCUGCGGCAGCUGCAAAAGCAUGCCGAGGUCACCGAGAACUUCUUCAUCCUCAUCUGCCCAGUGUGCAACCGCUCACACUGCAUGCCCUACAGCAACAAGAUGCAGCUGCCCGAGAACUACCUGCGCGGGCGUCUCACCAAGCGCUACAUGCAGCAGCACGGCUACCUCAAGUGGCGCUUUGAUCGCAGCUCUGGGCCCAUCCUCUGCCAGGUCUGCCGCAGCCGACGCAUCGCCUACAAGCGCUGCAUCACCUGCCGCCUGAACCUGUGCAACGACUGCCUCAAGGCCUUCCACUCGGACGUGACCAUGCAGGACCACGUCUUCGUGGACACCAGCCCUGAGGACCAGGACGAGAAGAUCUGCAUCCACCACCCGUCCAGCCGCAUCAUCGAGUACUGUCGCGAUGACAACGGUUUGCUCUGCGCCUUCUGCAAGGUCGCUUUACACCAUGGCCACGACACAGUCAGCCUCAUAGACGCCUGCUCCGAGAGGGCCGCUGCACUCUUCAGCGCCAUUGCCAAGUUCAAAGCAGUCCGAUAUGAAAUUGAUAAUGACCUAAUGGAAUUCAACAUCUUAAAAAACAGCUUUAAAGCUGACAAGGAGGUAAAGCGAAAGGAGAUCAGAAAUGGCUUUCUCAAGUUGCGCAGCAUUCUUCAGGAGAAAGAGAAAACCAUCAUGGAGCAGAUAGAGAAUCUAGAAGUGUCCAGGCAACAGGAGAUUGAAAAAUAUGUGAACAUCACAAAUCUGAAGGUGAAUGAGAUGGAUGGUCUGAUAGCCUACUCCAAGGAAGCCCUGAAGGAGACUGGCCAAGUGGCUUUCCUGCAGUCUGCCAAGAUUCUGGUAGACCAGAUUGAGGAUGGCAUCCAGAGCACCUACAGGCCUGACCCACAGCUCCGGCUGCACUCGAUGCACUGCAUGCCCUUGGACUUUGCUGAGCUCUCCAGCGCCAUCCAUGAGCUCUUCCCCAUGGGACCCAAGAAGGUAUGCUCCUCGGGGGACUCACUGCCCUCCCCCUAUCCCACGCACUCAGAAAUGAUGAUUGCUAGGAAGGUCACUUUCAGCACCCACAGCUUUGGCAACCAGCAGAUAUACCAGCGAAGCUCCUCUUUGCUGUCCUUCAACACUGGCGAGAAGGCCAAGGUGGGUCUGGAGGUCUAUGGCAGAGCCCAGUCAGCCACACCCAUCAAACCCACAGACGGCCUCUACACCUACUGGAGUGCCACUGCAGAGACCCAGCCUGCACAGAACAGCAGCAGCUUUCACAACUGGUACUCAUUCAAUGAUGGCUCCGUGAGGACCCCAGGCCCGAUUGUUAUCUACCAGACUCUGGUGUAUCCCAGAGCAGCCAAGGUUUACUGGACCUGCCCAACAGAAGAUGUGGACUCUUUUGAGAUGGAAUUCUAUGAAGUCAUUACUUCCCCUCCUAACAAUGUGCAAACAGAGCUCUGUGGACAAAUUCAGGACAUAAUGCAGCAGAAUCUGGAGCUGCACAACCUAACCCCCAACACCGAGUAUCUGUUUAAAGUUAGAGCCAUCAAUGAGAACGGUCCUGGGCAAUGGAGUGACAUUUGCAAGGUGGUAACACCAGACGGGCGUGGGAAGAACCGAGCUAAGUGGGGCCUGCUGAAGAACAUCCAGGCUGCCCUCCAGAAGCGCUUCUGAGCCCUCCACAGAACAGGCAGCGACCUCAGAGAUGCCCCACAAAAUAGACAUAUAUAUAUACACAUACACAUAUGUAUGUAUAUUUUUCUCACCACAUUCUUCAAGGAGGUUGUAAAUGAAUGUUUCUGGGACCUCUGAGCUUUCCAACAGGAAUCUUCUAAGAGCUAAUAAAAGGAAAUGCCUG